AUGGCGGAAGAGUGGAAUCAGGACACCGGGGAGGUGGUGUACAGGUCCCGGGAUCCAGUGAAGAACCUGAAGAUCAGGGUGCUGCUGCAGCGGGUGACCCCAGUCAGUGCCCUGGUCCAGCGGGUGCAGGAAGAGGAGGAAGGGGGCAGAGGGGACAUCGCACUCCGGACGCUGAGCUCCAGCAUCGGCCCUGGUGGACAUCAACAUGGAGAUGAGGAAGAAAUUGUGGUUUCCUGGCAAGAGAAACUUUUUAGUGAGUUCGAAUAUGAGCUGUACAAAAAUGAAGCUGCUUGCCGGACUCCUCUGGAUCGUCAGUAUCACCAGGACAUUCUUGCUAUGGAACGCAGUGGCGGACGAAAGAACAGACGUAUCUUUACCUAUACAGACUAUGAUCGAUACACCAACCUAGAAGAGCAUGCUCAGUCAGUAACCACCUCUGAAAAAGAGACCCCCACAUUCUUAGCAGAACGAAUGGCAAAUGUCCGGAGACGUCGGCAAGACAAAAGAUCAUUGGAUGGAGCUGGUAUGCGUAAUCGGCUUGUUAUUUUGGAUCCCUCAGAAGAGUUUGUCAAAACUAACCACAUAAAUAAAUACUCCAGUACAGACUAUGUACAUCAUGGCAGAUCUCGGUCCCCGAGGAAAACUGGGAUUCAAGGAAAAUGAACAUGUCCUUUGUACAAUACGUGUAGAUGGUAAUGGAGUUAUUACACUGAAGCCUGAUGUCACUGGAACAAAAGGGCCCUACAGGUUGGAAGUAGAGAAUCAGAAGCGUGAGCUAUGGAGAUAUUCUCUGCACCAUGUUUCAGAGUCAGUCCAGAGGGAGGAGCAAGAGCGGGAAGAAGCAUUAUACAGAUCUUUAUGGCAGGCAUAAAGAAUAUCUGAACAGUCUUGUGGGCUCAGAUUUUGAAAUGCCGCCAGCUGGUACUCUGAGAGUUUUUUAUAAAUGGGGAGAUUGUGUCUGCCCAGGAGUAUGAAUGUGACAAUCUUUAUGUACAUUUCUUCUUAGAGCUGCCUAAACAUUGGUCUUGUCCUGCCUUCCAGGAUCUCUCAGGAGUGACCCAAAGCUGUACAUCUAAAACCUUAGGAUGGGACAAUGUGGCCUAUUUCUGCUAUCCAUUCAGCUUUGAGAUUUUCCUCUCUGAGGAGUUGGAGGCUGAAGGUGAGUAG